UCAUGCAAUACCUAGGUAGGUAGUACAUCCAUACAUAGAGUCACUCUCUAUCUAUCUUACUGGAAGAGUUAGAGCCCAGAUGCGGUACCGUCCACUGAUAACAAUACAUAAAGCAAGCAACCCAGAACAAAAAAACUCACCUCACCUCACAUUCACAUUCACCACCAGUACACACACACACAUACAGCAACAACCCAUCCACCAACCCACCCACAAAAGCAAAAGCAUUAAUUAAACCCCUCACCCCAAUACAGAAAAAGCAAAAAGAAAAAGAUGCCCCCACAACCCCUCACCCUAAUCGUCGCAACAACCCCAAUCCCCCGCCUCCAAACACCAACAGCAGCCGAAAAUGCCCUCGUACAACACACCCGCCUCGGAAUCGGGCUCAAGGGCACGCUCCCCUGGCCGCGGAUCAAAACAGACAUGUCGUUUUUCGCGCGCGUCACGGCACGACCACCACCUCCUCCUCCUCCUCCUCCUCCACCUCCUCAUCCCGCCCACGGCGCGAUCAGGCCCACGAACGCCAUCGUCAUGGGCAGGAAAACGUACGAUUCUGUCCCCGGGAAGCUCCGGCCGCUUGGGAAGAGAGUCAGCGUGGUGGUUACGAGGGAUGUAUCUGGACAGGUGGGGGAGAGGGUUCUGGGGGAGUUGCGGGGGAAGCUUGCGCCGCAGGACAAAGCUCUGGCUGGGGUGAUGGGUGCCUCUGGGACUGGGGCUGAGGGGAAGAAAGCUACAGAAGGACAAACGGAUGCGUUUGUGGCCGGGGGGUUGGAAGAAGCGCUAGAGACGCUCGAUAACCGCGAUACUACACAAGGAGCCAGGAGGAAUGUGGGGAAAGUGUUUGUGAUCGGGGGAGCGGAGAUCUACGGGGCUGCGUUGCGGUUGAAGAAGGGAGAGAGGAAAGUCCGGAUCGUCAUGACGAAGGUGGAGCGGAGGGAUGGGGGCGUGUUUGAGUGCGAUACAUUCUUUCCUGUGGAUGAGGAGCUGGUUCAUGAGCGCGGGUGGAGGAAGGUGAGUGCGCGGGAGUUGACGGAGUGGGUUGGCGAGGAGGUUUCCGGGGAGUGGAUUGAGGAGGGGGAGGUGAGGGUGCAAAUGGUUGGAUAUGAGCGGGUGGAUUAGGCCUUAUUCUGUAGAAGAUGCACUGCGUGUGAUUUACUUGAGGUAUAAGGAUUCAAAAAAAAGAUACCCAGUAACAAUGUCUAGAAUUGACUGCGAAUAUGAUAUAUUCAUUUUCGCAAUGUACAAUGCCUCAGGUCGGCU